AUGCCAAUCUUGCCCCGACUAUCGAGCGCACUGUCCACGGCGUUGCUGGAGUGGAUCCUGAUGCUCCUGCUGUUCAUAGAUGCGGUUUACAGCUUCUUGGUCACUAGAUUCGCCCGUCUCUGCAGAUUACCAGCGCCAUGCCCUUUCUGCUCAAGGCUUGAUCACGUCCUGGGCAACGAGAAACCAUGCUUCUAUAGGGAGUUGAUCUGCAAAACCCACAAGUCGGAGAUUUCAUCCUUGGCCUUCUGCAGCCUCCACCAGAAGCUCGCGGGAGCCCAAAAUAUGUGUGAAGGGUGCUGUGGGAAAGUCUCCGAUGAUGAUAAAACAGAUGAGACUGUGAUGGAUGCCAAUGUACUUGAUAGCAAACAAAGAAUUGAUGAUACUUUGAAUUCCCCUCGUGAAAAAGUUUGCUCGUGCUGUGGACACCAUUUUAAGCAACGGGGUGUAGCUUUGUCCUCUAGAAAGAAUGCAGAACUAGAGCCUACUGGAGCGUUUGGCUCACCAAAAACUUACACAGAGUACUCUGUAGUAUGUCAAGUGGACGAGCCUUUGGAGCCUAAAGAUAUAUACCACCAAACUGACUACAGGUCUAAUGAGCGAGACGGUCUGCUACAGAUGACAUCUGACUCUGAGAUUGAGGUCCCUUGUGCCAAUGAUGUGAAAAGUUCACAAUCUCGUGAAGCUAGUGUUAUGGACGAAGACUUACAAGAAGAUGCAGUUUGUGAGCAACCCGUUCUUCCUUCCCCUGUGGUGAUCAAGGAAUUUGAAAUAAUUGUCAAGAAGGAGCCCAGUGUUGAAGACACCUGCAAUACAUCUUCGGCGUGUCCUGCUGUGGAUGAUCAUCCAAAUAGCGGAGGUGAUGUGGACCAGACGGAAGAAAAAGAAAGCCUAUCCAGAAAAUGGGCACCCCGGCAUGAUCCUGUACUUGUUAUAGAAAAUUCAGGUUUAGAAGAUGCUGGUAUUUCACAAAUUCCAGUUAUGCCAAGUGAUGAGCUACCACAGGUUCCUGGUGAGAUUGAACCAUCUCAGAGCACAAAUGAAGGCAACGCUGAUCCAUAUACAUCUCAGUUCACAAUACUAGAGGAGCACUAUGCUGUUUCAGAAGAAGGAAAUAUAAAAUGUAUUCUGGAACAAGUUCAUGUGCCAGAAAUUACUGGAAGAUCAAGUGGUGAGUUUCAUCAGAGAAGUGCGUCAGCAGCUGAUCCACAUACAAAUGAACUGGUGCUAGAGAAUGCUCAUCAUGGUGCUUCAGAAGACGCAAAUCAGAAAGAUAAUUGCGGGGAUAUCCAUGUUUCACAAGUUGGUGCUGGUUCCAAAACGUGUGGUGAAGUUGAAGAUUGUACUAAGAAAAUUGAACCCACUGGUGACAUGGGGGCACACGAACUGAUAGUCCAAGGUCCUUUUGAUAGUGCUCCCAAAGACUUAAUAGAUAAAGAUUAUGUGGACGAACCUCAUAUAUCAGCAAUUACCGUAAGAUCAAGUGGUGAAGUACCUCAAGAUCAUAGUGCCACCGAGGAAUACCCAAAAACAAGUGACAGCAUUGUUGAAAGGAGACCAUCUCUAAGCACUCAGAUUAGCAUGAAUGAAGCCUAUAGACUUGCCAUUGGCAACAAGGGUAGCUUGCCAUCCCCUACCUUGACGGAUGUAAUCCUUGGAAAGGACUCUACUUCUAGCAUAAACGAAGAACUGAGGCUACUGCUAUCUCAGCUCUCAGCUUCCAGGGGGCUUGAGGCACCAUGGGUCGAUCCAGGCCCUAGCCCACGUCCAUAUGGACGUGGUGAUGAGUUGGUAGUGCAGAACAUUACCAAUAGAAUUUCACUUGAGAGGAAUGCUUCCGGUUUGGAGUCUCUAGACGGAAGCAUUGUCAGUGAGAUGGAAGGUGAGAGCACCAUUGACCGGUUGAGACGACAGAUUGAUCUUGACCGGAAAUCAAUACACCUACUCUGCAGGGAACUGGAAGAAGAGAGGAACGCCUCAGCCAUUGCUGCAAGUCAAGCUCUGGCUAUGAUCACCAAGUUGCAGGAUGACAAGGCUGCAAUGCAGAUGGAAGCUUCGCAUUACCAAAGGAUGAUGGAAGAGCAAGCUGAAUAUGACAGUGAAGCGCUGGCGAAAACUAACGAGUUACUCGCUGAAAGAGAACAACAAUUAGAGGAGCUGGAAAUUGAGCUCGAAAACUAUAGGAGACAAUAUGGAGGUGGAGCAAUAGAGGAACGAGGCAAUCAAGCGGCUUUUAAACAAGAAAAUAGGGAUACAGCUAUGCUUGACGUUAGUGAUCUUGAAGAUCCUUUGAUUAACACACAGCAGGGCAUAAAUUCCUUGGUGAGUUUGGAAGAGGAGAGGGCAUAUAUAGCAAGUGGUUUGAGAAAAUUGGAGCAAAAGCUCCAAUUCUACUCCAACAACAGUGUUUCUGUUGAUUUACCCAGUCCAGAUGUUAAGGAUGACCUCUCCGACAAAGUAUACGUCAUAGAAGACUUCUCGUUACACUGCCAGAAAAGCUCGAUAGAGAGCAAGGAAGCUGGCUCAUCGACAACUAGUGGGGAGGUUGAUCUAGUUGCAGUGCAGGAAGAAAUUGCAAAGUUGAACAGAAGACUGAAGACACUAGAAGGAGAUUGCAGUUUUCUUGAACAUAGCAUCAACUCCCUCAGGAAUGGCGGCGAAGGUUUGAUGUUUAUACAGGAAAUUGCUUGCAAUCUGAGAGAACUGCGAGCAAUUGCUAUUGACAAGAAGUAG